AUGGCGGAUGAGGAUCAAGGGGACCUUGAGAGAAUCUUUAAGAAAUUUGAUAUCAAUGGAGAUGGAAAGAUAUCAUCAUCGGAGCUUGGAGAAGCUUUGAAGAUGCUCGGCUCUGUGUCACCAGAAGAAGUCCAACGUAUGAUGGAGGAAAUCGAUACUGAUGGAGAUGGGUACAUUUCGUAUGAAGAGUAUAUAGAGUUUUGUAAUGCUAAUAGGGGAUUAAUGAAGGACGUCGCCAAGAUCUUAUGAGUUUAUGGUUAUAUAUAUAUCGCGACCAUCUUCUUUUAGGCGUAAAGAAAAGUUGUUUUUUAUGGAAAACUUUAGUGUAUUUUCUCCAUGUGAUUUAUUACAUUUUGUUAAUAGUCGACAAGAUGUAGAAUAUUUCAUUGAUGUUUUUGGAUACAAUAGGGAAUAUGUGACCUCUAACAUGGACUUGUUUAUGA